AUGACUGAAACUUACCAUCAACAACAUGUAUCGCUAAAUACUCCAAUUGCAAAGAUUAGAAACUUGAAUUUGAAUUCAUCACCAGUCGAUUAUGACAUACAUGAGUAUCAACCGGAUGAGGAAGAGCAUCAUCAAAGGCGUCGGUUGUUUGCACCACAGGAAACACAAUCCUCCAUGUUUAUCCUCCCAACACAACCACAAGCACCAACAAAUCUAUACCCUAGCCUAGAUUUACAAAAGUCACCAACUGAAUCAUCCAUGUUGAAUAAAGGUUACUCGCAUAAAUUGACCAACAAUGUGCUUUCAGAACUACAUAUGCGUGCUCAACAAAUCACCACUACUACCACCAACGCGGGCCAACAUGGUAGUGACGGUAACUCAAACACUUCACCACUAUAUGGAUUAGAUGAUCAGGUGAGUCAACGAAGAAAUAAACGGUAUAGUGGAAUACACAUGUCGAAAUUCAAGCAAAUGGAAUCAAUAUCACAUCAUUAUUCAGUCCACAAUGGAAGGAACAAGACGCCAUCGCCACAGAAAUUGGACAACUUGGAGAGUGGAGUAGAAACAGGAUCAAUUACUGGGCAUGGUGAAGGGAUUGAAAGUGCAAGUAAACGAAGACGAACAUUGAAUGGGAAGAAUGAAGUUUUGGCAAUUCCCAUCAUGCAUCAACAAGAAAACCGACAACCCCCACAGAACCCGACAGAUCAUCGGAAAAUAUCACCAAGUAAAGCUUCAUACAAUUUAAAUUCAAUAUUGAGAGAGACUACUGAUACUGGAUCGCCUAAUAAAGAAACAUGGUCAAAACCAUUACUACAGCCACCUAAAGUGCCACAAUUGAAAAAACGCCCUAGUUCAUUGGAAAUGGCUGGAGUGAUUAACUCGUCACCUACGAGAUAUAAUGACCCAGGGUUGGGGUCGGCAGCAGGAUCAGGAGCAUUAAAGUCUCUGAUGUUGCACAUGGACAAACCAAUGAGUAAUAGCAAUGUACUGAGUUUGCUCAAGGAGCCACUGAAACUCAACGACGCUAGUGGACUGCAACAAAGUACUGAGAGUAACCACCAUCUACUGAGUAGACCAGGAACCUCCAGGUCGUUUGUCAAGCCCCUUCUUCCUCAACAGCAACAGCAACAGCAACAGCAGCAACAACAACAACAACAACUGUUGAAUCAAAAGCCACUGAUACCCCAAUUACAGAAAAAGCCACUGAUACCCCAAUUACAGAAAAAGCCACUGAUACCCCAAUUACAGAAAAAGUCACUGAUACCCCAAUUACAGAAAAAGUCACUGAUACCCCAAUUACAGAAAAAGCCACUGAUACCCCAAUUACAACGCAAACUGAGUAUUCCACAAUUACAAAGGAAACCUCUGAUACCCCAAUUUCAUAAUAAUAAUGAACAUUUCAAUAGGAACGCAACGAUAUCUACACAGGCAACGGCAACUACAAAGACAAGUAUGAAACCUCCAUCAUCCACCACCCUUCAUCAUCAAAAUGGUGCCUUGCAACAGUCAAUGCAUCCAGGAUCCAAUGAAAAAUCAAAUCAACCACACAUUUCACGAAUGAGUCCAUCAAAAUCAUUCUCAUCAUUCAAGUCUCAUUCACAAAACAACUCCUCUAUACACAACAACAAGAAUCAACUGAUGAGUAAUGGUGCUCAGAAGAUGGAUACUUCAGUCAAGACUACUUCUACAUUGCCCAAAUCGAAAUCAAUUACUAUUCCUCAACCAUUCUCCCUUUACGAUAAACCAACAAUUUCAUCGUCACAGAAAUCAUUAAACAAGUAUCAACGGUUUAAAGAUAAAUUUCAUUGA